AUGGCAAAUCACGAGACUGGAACAGCCACGAAUAUCGAGAAGAUGAACAACACCCAAUCGACAAAUGUACCUAUUAGAGAUCUCGCACCUAUACCACCACCUCCUGAUGGUGGAUUCCAUGCCUGGGCUCAGGUUGUCUCGGGCCACUUAGUUGUAGCCCUGACUUGGGGCUACGCUUCCAGUUUCGGGGUGUUUCAGAACCACUAUGAAUCUACGUUGCCCCAAACCCCCUCGGAUAUCUCUUGGAUCGGCGGUUUCCAGGUUUUCUGCCUAUUAUUCAUCUCGACGUUAUCUGGUCGUGCAACAGAUGCUGGAAUGGCAAAGCCAGUAGUAGGAGCGGGUGCGGUUCUCCUGAUUCUCGGUACCUUUAUGACUAGUUUAGCGACAGAAUACUGGCAGAUCUUCUUAGCCCAAGGGCUUUGCAUUGGUAUUGGCCAGGGUCUAAUGUGGCUACCUAGUGUAACAUUGAUAUCGACAUACUUUGUACGUUUACGGGUCCUCGCUGUUACGGCCGCUGCUACAGGAACAAGUACAGGAGGUAUAAUCUUCCCAGCGAUGAUUCAAUAUCUAACAAAAAGGAUUGGUAAGUAA